AUGGGGGUGCCGCUACUACUCGAUGUGCUCCGCAAGCCAGCAACCACGCUCGUCGUCGCGCUCUGCUCCUUCAUCUGGUUCCAGAUCCAGAAACGCGCUAUAAGCUACCCCGACGUGGGGAUAAGCUACGACGCAGUCGUCUCGCACCGCCAGUUCUGGCGGCUCGCGUCCGCGCCGCUCUCGCACAUCUCCCUCCUGCACCUCCUCUUCAACGUCUCCGCGCUCUGGAGCAUGGGCGGGAUCGAAACCCUAACCUCCGCUGACAUCAGCAAGGUUGCCGUUAUGGCCACUGGUGGUGCUGCUGGCAAUGCGACGUCCAGCCAAUGGCAGUCCGCCGUCUCUUCUGUGCCGCUAGCUCCUUCCUCUCCCUCCUCUCUCCCUUCCUCUUCCUUCCCAUCCUCCUCCCAGCCUUCCUCCUCUCUGGCUCAAAGCAUUCCGCACUCUUCCAUUUCUGGCAGCCUUACUGGUCCGAGCAACUCCAGCACAGAACCCUCUGAGCCUGUAGAAUCUACUGCUACUGCUGCCGUGGCGAGAAGAGGAUUGGGAGAAAUUGCCAACGCAGGUUCGAUUCAGGGGCAGCAGCAGCAGAAUUCAGCGGACGAGAGUGAUCGGAAGCAGCAGCAGCAACAGCAGGGUGACAAAGCAGGGUUGCCGACAAACGAGCAGCAUCUGGCAGCGGCAGGAUGGGAGCCAGGAGGGUCCAUCGGGUACCUAGGAGACUCUUUUCUCAUGCUGGUGCUGUCAGGGCUGCUGGGUCUAGCCGUGUACCACGUGCUCAUCCACAGGUGGCGCCUGGAGUAUUUCCGAAGAGUGACAGCAGUGGGGUACUCGUGUGUGGUGUUUGGGUGGAUGACGGUGCUGUCUGUGCGCCGCCCCGCCAUCACGCUCUCGGUUUUUGGCCUCAUCAAGCUGCCCGUGUCGCUGGCCCCGUUUGAAUCUCUCAUCUUCACGUCCUUCAUCGUGCCGAAGGCAAGCUUCGUGGGUCAUCUUGCAGGCAUCAUUGCUGGCUAUCUUCUUGCCUGGGGAGCCCUGAAGGUGGUAUCUACACCCAAGGGAGGAGUAUACGGCGCGGUGCUGGGCGUUCUAGGGUACUAUUCCAAGGAGAGUGAGUUAAUCCGCGGCGCGAACGCGCUCUACAAGGCGGUGACACGUCAGGCUGACGACGAGAUGUUCUUAAGAGCGCUCGGCCUCCCCUCGCAGUUCCGCACGCACCACGCGCUGCUCGUGCUGCACACGUGGCUGGCGCUCCUGCGCCUGCGCAAGGAGGGCGCGCAGGGGGCGGCGGUGGGGCAGACGUUUUACGACACGUUCAACCACGACGUGGAGCGGCGCGUGGUGGCGGCGGGGGUGAAAAUGCUCGUCAGCAAGUGGAUGCGCGAGCUUGAGAGAAGCUUCUAUGGCGCUGCUGCUGCGUAUGAUGCGGCAGUGGCGCCUGGCGCUAGCGCUGACGCCCUCCCCAAGGCGCUCUGGCGCAAUGUGUUUGCAGAGGACGCCUCUGACAUGCCCUCUGGCCCUGCAGCUGCUCCCGUGCAGGCCUUGACACGUUACGUGCGGCUUGAGCUCGCCUCCCUUGCACUCACAGACUCUGAGGCCAUUCUCACGGGGAACAUCAUCUUCACCAAUACAUUUCAAUCAGAGUCCUUGUGA